ACUCCCUCUGCCCAACCCGACAGCCUUCAUGUCCCAAGUUAGAAACCACUAGUCGCGAUCUGUCCCUCCCUCUCCUUACAUUCUCGCCAAGUUUCGUAUACAUAUUUUCCUCACUUUCCUUUCUCCUUUCAUCAACUACUUUUUCAAAUUCAUCCUUGUUACCAUCAAAAGCUUCGACAUUCUCUUCUUACUUGAAUGACAACUAUUGGGUAUCCAUACACAUUACCAACCACUGGUAAUGUGUCAUUUCAGGAAUUUUUCGUUCUCAAUGCCCAAUACCAACGCCCAGUAUCUGAUGCAACUGCAUUCCGCGGGCGUUUGCGUACAGCGCUGAAAGAGCACAAGCAUUCAGAUAGACAUGACUUCUUGAAUGUUCAAAAGGCACUUGAGGACUAUAUACCUUUUCUAUUCGGUCUAGUAGCAGGGAUUGAGAAUACAGAAUUGGAACUGUCAAAUGAAGUGGAGACCACAUGGCGUUGUACAAUAUCCAAUAUUGCACUUUCAUCCAAGCAACCUCAAGUCAAACACAAAUCGAUCCAUUAUGAAGCCAUCUUCACUUUAUUAACCCUUGGCUAUGUUCUCAUGGACCGUGCUAAUGAAUAUGCUCAGAGUGUACAAAAUAAGAUCCUGAUUGCUAUCGGGGAUAUAUCCAGCUACGGGAAAGGGCAUGGGGAAGGAUCAUCAUCUGUAGGAGCAAAUCAUGGCGCCAAUAAUACCAUUCAUGGCAGUGGAUCAAUUCCUGGAUCAUCAUCAGCAACUUCAUCAUCCGAGUUUUCUAUUGGUAUUAGUAAUAGUAGUAAUGCUAAUAGUGGUAAUAGUAGCAGUGGCGGUAGCAGUGGAGGAGGAGGAGGAAACAGUGCAUCACGCCUGUUUAAAAAAUCUUCCUCCAAUUUUUCCGCCAAAAACUCCAACACCAUUGGCGAAUUCACUGAUUAUUUGACAGACGAUGAUCUAGCAGCCAUUGAUCAUCAGUUAACAACCGCUGCGGAUUUGUAUUGCAAAGCAGCAGGAGUAUUUGAAUACAUUGCUCAAGAUAUGAUUCCUAAAUGGAGCAACAAUUCACAUAUCACAUCUACGGCUACAGCAAUAGUAACAACAACUCAAGAUGUCGCUGGCCUCAAUGUCAACAAAUCAUUAUCCUCAAAGAAGUUCACGCCAGAAAGUAUACGGCCUGUUGAUAUACAAACCAGCGUAGUGUCUGCUCAUAUCAGGCUAGCGCUCGCAGAAGCUCAUUCAUGCACAGUCAGGAAGGCUGCCAUUAAAGCUGCCAGAGCCUCAGCUAUUAGGCAAUUGAUCUCUAGUGGAUCUUCUACAGUAGCAUCAGGGACAACCCCGAAAACCUCAUAUGUUUUGCUCGCAAAGCUGACAAUUGGCGUCAAGGAGGAGUAUGAGCGCGCUUAUGGUCUGUUAAAAUCCGUGAAGGAUUUAAAUGAGAUUUCAUCCGAUUUUAGAGCGCAUGUUAAAGACGCUAAAGUAUAUUAUGAGGCUCUAGCACAGACUCUUCUCGGCAUGGAUGCAUAUGAGGCACAACAUUACGGUAAAGCCAUCGGCUUCUUAUCGUUGGCCCGAACCUCGUUCGCAGCUUUGUCAAAGGCUAGCAAGUCUCAUACGAUUGCACAGGCCGCUGCGUUCGAAUACCGUCUUUCCAAUGAAAAAGUAAUCGCCUUCCAAAAAAUUAAUGAUUCUGUAACAUUUGAGCAGAUCCCCACCCAAGCGCAGCUCCUUGCAGUGAUGCCCAGUGGCCGCGAUCUACUUUCUUCCAAAAAGUACAUGCCUCCACGACCCAACUUUGGGAUUGCAGCAACAGCAGGUGAAGGUGGCCAAGGUGGAGCGGACGAAAGCGUGAAGAAGUUGGCGUACGCUUUGCAAGGUGCUUACUUUUAGAAAGAAAGAAAAAAAACCAAUAAAAGCACAUUUACAC